AGUUAGAACACUUAACGAACAAAUUACACAUCUCAGUGUCAGUGUUCUUAUAAUAUUUGUAAUAAUAUUUUUUAAAAAUGUUAGAACUAAAUUUGUUUACCGUUAUUUGGAUAUCUUUAACUGCUUUAUCAUUGUAUAUUGCUAUAAUUUUAUAUAAUAAUUUAUAUAAUUACCCUUCAGAACACCAAGAAUUAAUGUCAAAAUUGCCUUCUAUGACAAAAGGAUUUUGGGAAUGGAUACGAGUAUCGUUCGAAUUGGCGUUCCUCGAUCCAAGUGAAAUAAUGUCAUUUUUCCUUAAUGGUGUAAAGAAAUUUGGAUCAGUUUAUCACAUGAACUUAAUGGGACGAUCUUAUGUAAUAGUAACAGAUCCAAAAGAUUUAAAGAUUAUAUUAUCAAGCUCGCAACAUAAUACUAAAGGACCAGAAUAUGACGUGAUGAGACCAUGGCUUAACGAUGGGCUUUUAAUGAGUUCAGGUUCAAAAUGGCAAACCCGUCGAAAGAUGCUUACCAAUACUUUUCAUUUUAAAACAUUGGAAUCAUAUAAUUCUACAAUAAACAGACAUUCCCGUCUUUUGGCCAAAAAAUUGCUGCAAGAUUCAAAAACUCAAAAAGCAAUUAAUAUCAAAGAUUACAUUGUAUUGUGCUCAUUGGACGUAGCAUGUCAAACGAUAAUGGGUGUUGAUAUGCAGUCUCAAGAGGGAAAAUCUCAAAAUUAUGUCAGUGCAACUAAAAAAGCAAGCAAAGCAAUGAUCGAUCGAAUUUUUACGUUUUGGUUAUGGAAUGACUUAAUCUUUAAAAUAAGCAAAAGCGGACGAGUAUUUUACAAAUCCCUUAAAGUACUUCACAGUUAUACAGAGAAGAUAAUUCAAGAAAAACGUAUAAUAUUAAACAAAAAAGAUGAUGAGAAAGAAGUCAAAGAAAAUUCUACUAAGACUUCUAAGAACACAUCGUUCCUGGAGCUCCUUAUAAAAAUGUCCAACGAAUAUCCAGAUCAAAUGACCGAUGAAGAUAUAAAAGAAGAAGUGGACACUUUUCUAUUUGAAGGUCAUGAUACGAGUUCAAUUGCUGUUACAGCGAUAUUGUUACUUCUCGGCAUUCACCAAGACAUCCAAGAAGAAGUCCGAGAUGAAUUACAUAGUAUAUUCGGUGACUCGGAUAGAGACGUCACAAUGGAGGACCUGAAUAAAAUGACAUACUUGGAAAUAGUGAUAAAAGAAGGGCUCAGAAUCUAUCCUAGUGUACCGACAAUAACAAGACGCCUCACUGAAGUUUUACAUUUAACUAAUUAUAGUAUUCCUCCAAAUACAAUAAUAUCAAUAAUGCCAUAUGUAGUUCAUCGUGAUGAUGAAUUGUAUCCAGAUCCCGAAGCAUUUAAACCCAAACGAUUUUUAGAUGAGGAAAACAAAACAAAAUUUUUAUUUGGUUACUUGCCAUUCAGCGCUGGUCAAAGAAAUUGUAUUGGACAAAAAUUUGCUAUGCAGCAGAUUAAGAUCAUCAUAUCGACUAUUAUACGUCAGUUAAAGUUCAAAACAUUGGGCACUAGAGAAGACAUCAAGAUCACUAAUGAAUUACUAAUACGAUUUAAUUCAUUGCCAGACAUGGAAUUUUCUGCAAUUUAUUGAUUUUGCUUAAAUUUAAUUCAUAUGGUUAUAGUAACACUUUUACAAUAUUAUAUCCAUUUCAUAUAAUAAAAUAAUAUAAUAUCAUAAAAUAGUUAUAAUAAAAUA